AUGGCGUCAAGACCGGAACUCAAGGUAGAAGAUGAGGGAGGCUUCAUCCGCACAUUUCGAUCCCUUCCUCCCAAGCCUGAUGGUGGCAAUACGAUCCGUGUCUUCGACCGGGCCGACUGGUAUUCGGCACAUGGCGAAGACGCCGAGUUCAUCGCAAGAACCGUCUACAAAACCACUGCUGUGAUACGGAACCUUGGACGGAGCGACAAUGCCUUACCCAGCGUUACCAUGUCAACGACCGUUUUUCGAAAUCUCCUCAGAGAAGCGCUCUUCAAACUGGGCAAACGUGUCGAGAUCUGGGAGGCGACUGGGAGGGGCCAAUGGACUCUUGCUCGCCAGGCAAGUCCGGGCAAUCUGCAGGCUGUCGAAGAAGAGCUAGGCACUGGAAUGGAUAGCCAAGGUGACAGCGCACCCAUCAUUCUGGCCGUCAAGAUCAGCGCAAAAGCAGGCGAGGCCAGGAGUGUAGGCGUUUGCUUUGCAGAUGCCAGCGUCAGAGAACUCGGUGUGAGCGAAUUUCUCGACAACGACUUGUUCUCCAACUUCGAAAGCCUCCUCAUCCAGCUCGGAGUCAAGGAGUGCAUUGUGCCCACCGAAGGCUCGAAAAAGGAUCCAGAACUGACCAAAUUACGCCAGAUCAUCGAUUCCUGCGGCAUCGCCAUUUCUGAAAGACCGGCAGCUGACUAUGGAACCAAGGAUAUCGAGCAAGAUUUGGCCAGGCUCCUCAAGGGCGAGAACGCAAUAGGAUUGUUGCCCCAGACGGAUCUCAAGUUGGCCAUGGGCAGUGCUAGCGCCUUGAUCAAAUACCUGGGUGUCUUGACGGAUCCCAGCAACUUUGGCCAAUUUCGAUUGUAUCAGCAUGAUUUAAGUCACUUCAUGAAGUUAGAUGCCGCAGCACUGAGGGCACUCAACCUUAUGCCUGGACCAAGAGAUGGGGCAAAGAGCAUGAGCCUUUUCGGUCUCCUGAACCACUGCAAAACUCCAAUAGGUGGCCGCUUGUUGGCGCAGUGGCUGAAGCAGCCAUUGAUGAGCCUCUCUGAAAUCGAAAAACGACAACAACUGGUCGAGGCCUUCAUUGAGGAUACGGAACUGCGCCAAAGCAUGCAGGAGGAGCAUCUUCGUUCCAUCCCUGAUCUAUACCGUCUGGCAAAGAAGUUCCAACGAAAACAAGCCAACUUGGAAGAUGUAGUGCGCGCCUACCAAGUUAUCAUACGGCUGCCGGGUUUCAUUGGAGCAUUGGAGGCGGUAGUCGACGAGAAAUACCAAGAGCCACUUCAGGCUGAGUACACUUCGAAGUUGAAGGAAUUAUCCAACUUUCUGGAAAAACUCGCAGAGAUGGUUGAGACGACCAUCGAUCUCGACGCACUAGAUCGUCACGAAUUCAUCAUCAAGUCGGAAUUCGAUGACAGGCUUCGCAAUAUCAGGGCGAAGCUUGACAGAGCCAAACACGAUAUGGAUGUUGAACACCGCCGGGUGGGCAAAGAUCUCAAUCAGGAGCUCGACAAGAAACUUUAUCUGGAAAAUCACCGAGUUCAUGGAUAUUGUUUCCGACUGACCCGUAAUGAGGCGGGUUGCAUACGUAACAAGAGUCAGUAUCGGGAAAUUUCGACUCAGAAGAACGGCGUCUACUUCACAACUCAGAAAUUACAGGAACUGAGGCGGGAAUACGACCAGCUCUCGAGCUCCUACAAUCGACAGCAAUCAUCACUCGUGUCAGAAGUCGUCACUGUUGCGUCUUCAUACACUCCAGUCAUUGAACAGCUUGCGGCCAUCAUUGCUCAUUUGGACGUUGUGGUAAGUCUGGCCCAUGUUUCAGUCCAUGCGCCAACGGCGUACGUCCGACCAAAGAUGCACGAGAGGGGGACAGGGGAUACUGUCUUGAAAGAGGCCCGUCACCCAUGCAUGGAAGCCCAGGAUGACAUCAACUUCAUCACCAACGAUGUCGAACUGAAACGCGAAAGCUCAAGAUUUCUCAUCAUCACCGGCCCAAAUAUGGGCGGCAAGUCAACUUACAUCCGUACCAUCGGCUGCAUAGCACUGAUGGCUCAGAUUGGCUGCUUCGUCCCAUGCAGCGAGGCCGAGUUGACCAUCUUUGACUGUAUUCUUGCUCGUGUGGGAGCUUCAGACUCCCAGCUCAAAGGGGUGUCGACGUUCAUGGCUGAAAUGCUGGAGACGGCCAAUAUCCUGAAGAGCGCAACUAGGGACUCGCUCAUAAUUAUCGAUGAGCUUGGUCGUGGCACGAGCACGUACGAUGGUUUUGGCCUUGCAUGGGCAAUCAGUGAAGAGAUUGUGGCGCAAAUCGGAGCGUUCGGUUGCUUUGCAACUCAUUUUCAUGAAUUGACGGCCCUGGCGGACCGACAUCCCAAUGCUGUCAAAAACCUACAUGUGGUGGCAUUUGUGGGCGACAAAGACACUGCCACUGGCGACACUGCGGCGUCUACCAAACGACGGGAAGUGACAUUGCUUUACCGAGUCGAACCUGGGGUCAGCGAUCAGAGCUUUGGCAUUCACGUCGCCGAGCUGGUCAGAUUCCCUGAAAAGGUGGUAAACAUGGCCAGGCGUAAGGCCGAGGAGUUGGAAGAUUUCACCACCGUCACAGGCGAACAAAAGAACAAACAAUAUUCAAAGGAGGAAGCCGAAGAAGGCAGCCGACUACUUAAAGAAAUGCUGAAGAAGUGGAAGGACCAGGUUGAAGGCCAAAGUAUGACCAAGGACGAAAAGCUCCAGCUGAUGAGGGAUAUGGUCAAGAGUGACGAGCGACUUACGUCCAACCCGUUUUUCCAAUCAGUCCAGGUACUGUAA